AUUCUUAAUAAAUGAUUUAAUAAGACUUUGGUAACUAUCGAUUACCAAAUCAAUAAUUUACAUUCAAGUAAAAAAGUGAGAUAGAAUUGCAUUUUAAAGAAAGUGCUUGUUGGUUGCAAUUUCUUAUCUCUUUAAACAGAAAACGAACUUUCCACACCCUUACAGAAGCCUUACAGCCUCACAGUAAAGACCUGGACAGAGUCAUUUGUAGAUAAGAGUUGCAAACUGUGUUCUUUAUAUUUUCUUUUGAGAUCAGCGCUUUGAAUGGUCGUAAUAAAAACAUGAGCAGCAGGUAUAUGCCUUUAAGAAGUGCACUGGUAUUCGUCUGCAUACUUGUGCAACUGCACUGGAGCCAUGAACAGGGCUGUGAAAAGAGUGAAGACUGCAAAAACAAAGAUGUGUAUGACAAAACUGUGACAGCAAUACCAGAAAAGCUGAAGGAUGGAGCUGAGGAAGUAUAUUUUGUAGGCAGUCAGAUUAAAACCAUACCAAAAGGGGCUUUUUCUAACAACACUCAAUUCAAAAAAAUUGAAUUUUUAGGAACCUCAACUCAGUCUGUAGAGAUAGGAGCCUUUGAGGGUUUACCUAAUAUCACGGCCAUCGAGAUAUCUGGCACCGAAGUGACAACAUUACCUGUGGGUGUUUUUAAAGAUCUCAUCAACCUUACAAAACUUACUUUGAAAAGUAACAAAAUCCAGAGCCUUGAAAAAGGGAUAUUUGAUGAUUUAAAAAAACUUAAAAACAUCUUUCUAAAUAUGAAUGAAAUCACAGCCAUUGAGGAGGGGGUAUUCGAUAAUUUGGAGAAUCUCCAAAUGCUUCAUCUUGGAAAGAACAACAUUAGCUCUGUAUCAACAUCUCUCUUUUCAAAACUUAAGAACCUGCAGAUUUUCAGGAUUUAUGAGAACCAACUGACUGCUAUUCCUGAUGGGAUUUUUGAUAAUUUUCCUAAUGUGAAAGAAAUUGGUUUGAAUGGCAACAAAAUCUCGUCUUUACAACCAAAUUUGUUUCCACACAAAAGUAAAUUAUCAACCCUAACUUUGGACAGUAAUCUUUUAUCCGAACUACCAGAAAAUCUUUUUGUUGGUUUCCCUGCACUAAAGACUCUAACUCUGCAUAAUAAUCAACUCACCAGCCUCCCCAAUGUUCUCUUCGGAGAAAUGCCGAAACUAACAGAUCUGAACCUUAGCAAGAAUAAUCUUUCUUAUAUUCCAACUGCAGUUUUCAGCCCACUGAAGAGGGUGAGAAAGUUAGAUCUCUCCUCAAACCAGUUUUUGGGUUUAUCUGGAGAAUUUUUUGAAGGUCUCGAAAAACUGUCUGAACUUAAUCUUCGAAACAACUUCAUACAAUCAUUAAAAGCAGAGGAUUUUGAGAAAAUUCGGUCUCUUACUAACCUCAAACUAGAAAAUAACAAUCUACGAAUCCUUCCUGGAGAUGUUUUUCAAAAUCUUCCAAAACUCAGUAGUGUUUACCUGAACAAUAACCCAUGGCAAUGUGACUGUGACCUGUUGCCUUUCUUUGAAUGGAUGAUAGACAAUAAAGAAAAGAUCAAGUCGAGAUCUCCAGAACUUUGUGAGUCACCUAUAGAUAUGCAAAAUCUACCUAUCUUGGAUUUAAAAGAAGAACAAUUGAUAUGUCGCGCAACAACCCAAUACGUUACCACUACCAUGACCACCACCACAUUGCCUACCACAACUUUAUUGACAACAACAUUAACAACAGUUGCACCUACUACAACAACUUUAACAACAGUUGCACCUACUACAACAACUUUAACAACAGCUCCUCCUACUACAACAACAUUAACAACAGCUCCACCUACGACAACAACAUUGACAACAGUUGCACCUACUACAACAACUUUAACAACAGCUCCACCUACGACAACAACAUUAACAACAGCUCCACCUACGACAACAACAUUGACAACAGUUGCACCUACUACAACAAGUUUAACAACAGUUGCACCUACUACAACAACUUUAACAACAGCUUCACCUACAACAACUACAUUAACAACAACAGCACCUACAACAACUAUACCACCAACCGUUCCGAUAACCGCACCAACUACUCAACUCACAACUUCACUUCCUACCACCGUCGCUACAACGAAAUCUCCAACCACUACGUCAGCCCCCACAACUGCAUUAACAACCACAAUACAACCUACAACCACCACCAUUGUCACCACCACAUCAACAACCACCACCACGAUGCAGCCUACAACUACAUCUCUGAUGACAACAAUCGCUACGACUUUUUCAACUACAUUGAACCUCACCACCACAACACCUUUUCCCACCACAUGUAGCAGUUUCAUCUACCUUGACUCCCAUCAACAAUCUUUUUCAAGAGCUACACCUACCCACAGGUUCUCAUCAUGCAAGGCUCUUCUGAUAUAUUACUCGACAAUGCUGAUAAUAGAAAUCUGCUGUACGGUGGUGCUGGCUAAGUAUACAUAUUCACUAUACUGCUCUCUCCAGAACAGAGAGAGACUCUACAACCAGGUAAAACUGACCCAUUUCUCCUAUACUAAGUCCAUAACACUCAGACCUGUGGAUGAGGCAGAGACUGUAGCUCUGUUUAAUGAUAUUUCUCUCUUUGAACAGAAAACAAACUUUCCAAACCCUUACAGAAGCCUUGCAGCCUCACAAAGACACGGACAGAGUUUAGAUAAGAGAAGCAAGCUGCGUUCCUUAUAUAGCACUUUGAGUGGUCUUACUAAAAACAUGAGCAGCAGGUAUAUGCCUUUAAGAAGUGCACUGGUAUUCGUCUGCAUACUUGUGCAUCUGCACUGGAGCCAUGAACAGGGCUGUGAAAAGAGUGAAGACUGCAAAAACAAAGAUGUGUAUGACAAAACUGUGACAGCAAUACCAGAAAAGCUGAAGGAUGGAGCUGAUGAAGUAUAUUUUGUAGGCAGUCAGAUUAAUACCAUACCAAAAGGGGCUUUUUCUAAAAGCCCUCAAUUUAAAAAAAUUGAGUUUUUAGGAACCUCAACUCAGUCUGUAGAGAUAGGAGCCUUUGAGGGUUUACCUGAUAUCACGUCCAUCGAGAUAUCUGGCACUGAAGUGACAACAUUACCUGUGGGUGUUUUUAAAGAUCUCAUCAACCUUACAAAACUUACUUUGAAAAGUAACAAAAUCCAGAGCCUUGAAAAAGGGUUAUUUGACGAUUUAAAAAAACUUGAACAAUUGGGUCUACGUAUGAAUGACAUCACAUCCAUUGAGGAGGGGGUAUUCAAUAAUUUGGAGAAUCUCCAAAUGCUUCAUCUCGGAAAGAACAACCUUAGCUCUGUAUCAACAUCUCUCUUUUCAAAACUUAAGAACCUGCAGAUUUUCAGGAUUUAUGAGAACCAGCUGACUGCUAUUCCUGAUGCGAUUUUUGAUAACUUUCCCAAUGUGAAAGAAAUUGGUUUGUAUGGCAACAAAAUCUCAUCUAUACAACCAAAUUUGUUUCCACACAAAAGUAAACUAUCAAUCCUAACUUUGGACAGUAAUCUUUUAUCCGAACUACCAGAAAAUCUUUUUGUUGGUUUUCCUGCACUAAAGACUCUAACUCUGCAUAACAAUCAACUCACCAGCCUCCCCAAUGUUCUCUUCGGAGAAAUGCCGAAACUAACAGAUCUGAACCUUAGCAAGAAUAAUCUUUCUUAUAUACCAACCGGAGUUUUCAGCCCACUGAAGAGGGUGAGAAAGUUAGAUCUCUCCUCAAACCAGUUUUUGAGUUUAUCUGGAGAAUCUUUUGAAGGCCUCGAGAAACUGUCUGAACUUAAUCUUCGAAACAACUUCAUACAAUCAUUAAAAGCUGAGGAUUUUGAGAAAAUUCAGUCUCUUACUAACCUCAAACUAGAAAAUAACAAUCUACGAAUCCUUCCUGGAGAUGUUUUUCAAAAUCUUCCAAAACUCAGUAGUGUUUACCUGAACAAUAACCCAUGGCAAUGUGACUGUGACCUGUUGCCUUUCUUUGAAUGGAUGAUAGACAAUAAAGGAAAGAUCAAGUCGAGAUCUCCAGAACUUUGUGAGUCCCCUAUAGAAAUGCAAAAUCUACCUAUUUUGGACUUAGAAGAAGAACAAUUGAUAUGUCGAACAACAACCCAAUAUGUUACCACUACCAUGACUACCACCGCAUUGCCAACAACUUUAUUGACAACAACAUUAACAACAAUUGCACCUACUACAACAACUUUAACAACAGCUCCACCUACUACAACAACAUUAACAACAGCUCCUCCUACUACAACAACAUUAACAACAGCUCCACCUACGACAACAACAUUAAAAACAGCUCCACCUACUACAACAACAUUAACAACAGCUCCUACUACUACAACAACAUUAACAACAGCUCCACCUACUACAACAACUUUAACAACAGCUCUUCCUACUACAACAACAUUAACAACAGUUCCACUUACUAAAACAACUUUAACAACAGCUCCACCUACAACAACAACAUUAACAACAGCUUCACCUAUGACAACACCAUUAACAACAGUUGCACCUACUACAACAACUUUAACAACAGCUCCUCCUACUACAACAACUUUAACAACAGCUCCUCCUACUACAACAACAUUAACAACAGUUGCACCUACAACAACUACACCAACAACCAUUCCGAUAACCACGGCAACACCACAGACCACCACAGUCAUAAUCACCGCACCAACUACUCAACUCACAACUUCACUGCCUACCACUGUCGCUACAACGAAAUCUCCAACCACUAUGUCAGCCACCACAACUACAUUAACAACCACAAUAAAACCGACACAACGGUUCUCAUUAUGCAAGACUCUUUUGAUAUAUAACUUAACAAUGCUCAUGAUUUUAAUCUGCUGUACGGUGGUGCUGGCUAAAUAUACAUAUUCACUAUACUGCUCUCACCAGAACAGAGCCAUACUCUACAACCAGGUAAAACUGACCCAUUUCUCCUAUACUAAGUCUAUAAUACUAGUGGAUGUUGAUGAGGCGGAGACUGUAGCUCUAUAAGAAGUUUUUUUUAAAGACUACAAGAAGUUAACUGCUGUCUCUGAUAAGAAUGCACUUUUUGACUUGAUGAGGAUUCCACAGGACGAUAAUCUGGACUACAGAAAUGCUUUUAACCAAUGCAUGAACUGUUAAACUUUGCAUAUUAGUUUUAACACUCCCAGUUGCACUUACUGUCCUUAUUCUGAAGUCUUCAUCUACUAUAUGGUCAGUAGCAGUGGCGGCUGGUGUCUGCUCUUCUGAGGGGCGCAAAUUCAAAAUAUGUGUUUGUUGCGUCAUGUGAACCAUGCGCAUCGCGUGUUUUGUCAAAAUAAUUGCCUGCUGCACAUGCGUCAAAACCGUUUAUGAUAAAAGAGACGCUCACGUUCACAAAAUACACGCAAGACACUCACUUAACAGUACACUAAGGGGUUUUCACACUGCGCUUAACCCUGGGUUAUCUUCAUUCUAAACCCCGCUUUUAACCCAGGGUUAUGAAACCCCGCAUUGUGGUGCCAAACGCAUGCAGUGUGAAACAAAGCAGGGUUAGAAUGUUAUGACCCUAAUUAAACACAGCUGAAGUAGCUAAUCAAGGCUUGAUAAUUACAGACAGGUGUGUUGAAACUGGGUUGGAGACACGUGAUGCACAUAUGUUCACUUGACGCACAGAACAUAUAUUUUGAAAUUACGAACCACACACAUGACGGGCUACAUACCUGUUGUGACAAACUUCACAUCAUACGCCCUUGAAAAAAGUAGUCACCGGCUAUGAUCCCCUAUGAUUACGAUGAGACAGUGAACCACUUUUAGUGCUAUUUAGCACUGUUUGUCCCUUUUCUGGGAAACAGCUAUGUUAUACAGCAAUAUAAUAUGUUUCAAAACUCUUGUGUCAGUUACUGAAGCUAAAGACAACUGUGGCCAGGGGCGUAGCAUAAGGUCCCAGGCCCUAUGAAUAGGCAUUCCUGAUAUUCAAACAGUUUUGCACUAUAGAUUUUGUGUUCUAGUUUUAAGUUUGUGCUCACCUUUCUUUGAAAAGUCAGUCACAAAUCGUUUCCCCUCGUUUAGUUUUUCCUUCUCCUGUCUUUCCUUUCUUUUUUGGUGGCCUGAUUUAGCUUUGUUUGAGAAAGACAAUUCAACCGCACCGCAGAAGUUUGCGCUCCACCAGACGAUUAACUAAUAUAAACAACAUACGCGUGCAGUUGAACUAAACCAAUUGGCACGUUAGCAAGGGGUGGGACCGUGAAACUUUAGAUAGUUUUUACUUAUACAAAAUGUGACUUAUACAAGUCAGUCAAACAAUUAUUCAGCCAAUACACUAACUUUACAUUUCAUCUUACAUUUAUUAUCAAAUUUAAUUAGGAAAUGAAAAUAUCCAGGUAAAAUAAAAUUUAUAAAAAGGUUAGUUCCAAUCCUUGAUUCUGAUUGGUCAAUAGGUGUGCUUUAUUCACGAUAAAACAUGGCUAAAGGGGAUCGCACAGCAGCCGCGCAGCUCAGCGUCGCGCCGCGUCCAGUCGCGUCUAGGACAACUAAAUAGCGCGAGCUUCGUCAGAUUGCAUCUACUUCAAAAUGCAAAAUAUAUGUUAGCAGCCAAUGUUAAUCGUUAAUGAUUUGGGACAAAUAUGAUGUUAUUUAAUGUUAAACUAUGUGAUUGGCGCUGUGUGGCACAACAGGGAUUUGAGCAACUUCUUGAGUCACAGCUGGGCGGCGCGGACAGGCGCCACUUGGCAGUGCCGGUGUGCAUAUACUCAUAGAAAACAAUGUGUUCUAUUUUUUUAGAAUGGUGCGGCGCUGAGCGGCGCGGCUGGUGUGCGAUCCCCUUAUGACCGCUUCACCCAACGGUUGUGUUUAUUACUGCGCCCUUAGCAACACCCUUAGCAACCACACGUAUCGGUUUGUUGUUUUUAUUUGAGCUUUCAUUGGAACACAUUUUUGUUUAUGGUCAGGGACUACUGUAUUUUUUAUAGCGGAAGGAAUGCUUUUUAUUGAUUUAACUUCAUGAAAGUUGCACUAAUAUUUUUUUUUAUUAAAAAAUAUUUAAGCAAUAAGGUUCUUGAGGCAAGUGCUGUAUCGUGAAUAAGUAACGGCUGAAGGGGUUACAUAUUCCAGACUUUUUAAGAACCCUCUCUUCCCUUGGGGCCCUGGUAAUCAGUACUGUUUUUACCCCUAGUCCGAUGCCCCUGACUGUGGCACAACUAUUUCAUAAACAUAAAAAUUCACUUUUGUUUAUGAAUACAUUUUAAUACUGUAAAUGUUGAAGUACAAUUAAUUGCUUUGCACUGAUGUUUCCUCAUUUAUAAGAUGUGAUAAAAGCAACUCCGAAAUAAUAAAGUUGAGAACGUUUAUGUACUUCUCAUUAACAAAACAUAAUAAAAAUCUGUAAUUUGAAGAACAAAAUGUGUUGAAAUAUCAAUUCAUGAAGUCAUCUAAAUUGGUCUAAAUUAACUGACAGCAAAAAAUAUGCCACCGUUAAAUUCUAGGCCUACAUAUUUUACAUAAAAUAUGCUUUUCAAACAAUUGCAUAAGAACAUCAUCUUGGAUCAAUGCUUACCAAUUUUCAGUAGCCUACCGUAAAACGUUUUAGUCAUUCAAAACCUAGGCGUGUAUUUUCUUAUUUUCAGCCACUAGGUGUCAUUAUUGCCUCAUUUUAUUGAAUUACUGAUGGUGUCUAAGCCGUCAAUUUCUCUGGAAAUGUGCAAAUGAAGACUGAUGACUGCUACUUGCU